AUGAACCAGCUUCGCGUCGAGGCCGACGACGCUGCCAACAAGGUCGAGGAGCUUCAGAACAAGGUCAAGGCUCUCGAGCAAGAGAACCUCGCCAAGGAGCAGGAGAUCACCUCUCUCACGCACAAGAAUGGUGUCCUCGAGGCGGAGAACGAGAAGCUGGAUGCCAGUGUGAGGGAGCUCAAGAAGGCUGCCACUGAUGGCGAGCAACAUGGUACGCACAACGAGACCUUGCAACGAAGACUCCAGCUCCUCGAGGAAGAGGCUGAGGAGGCGGACAAGACUCUUCGUGAAACCAAUGAGAAGCUUCGCCAAACUGACGUAAAAGCCGGUCACUUCGAGCGCAAGGUCCAGGCCUUGGAGAGCGAGCGCGACCAGUGGGAGACCAAGUACGAGGAGAUGAGCAAGAAGCACCUGUCUUUGCAGAAGGAGCUGGAGGACCUGCAGAACGAGAUCGCGGGUAUCUAA